AUGGAUCGUGUGUUCAGACCUGUCUGGACCAACGAAGCAAGGACAGAAGGUACCCUGGCCUUCAUCCCCCGUGCUGAACGCACCACAGGCCACCGAUCACAUCCAGGUCUGGAGGACAACCAUGCCCAGGACCGUUUCAAGGCUCACCCCACUCUGCAACGCGCACUGGACACACCGGGUCCGCUAUCACUACAGGAUGAUCUUGCAGAGCGCCUUAAUGAGAUCACCAUCACCCAAUCGGAGAACGGUACCCUUGGACUGGCCAGUACAAGGACUUUUCGACGAGCAAUGUUCUCCAAAGUCUACCAGCCCCCGACACCACCACCCCGUCACCCACCAAUGAUCGCACCUCACCCACCGCUGACGCCUGCCUUUUGGAACGAGUUCUGGAAGAACAAGCUCCCUCACAACGCACGCAAUGUCUGGUGGCGCCUGCUGAUCAAUAAGCUCCCGUCUGGUAGUUUCCUCAACUCUAUUCUCCCCGACAUGGUCGAGAGCCCUAUUUGUCGCAUCUGUCAAGUGCACAUGGAGACGAGUCGGCACCUCCUCUUCAGCUGUCCCAAGAAGCUGGAGAUCUGGGAGGGAGCACUCUCGAGAUAUGUGGAGGAAAGAACAUGGACAGCCGACUUCGUCUGCAGCCUUUUUUUCCCCAGCCCAGAGUGCAUUGAACCCCGCGACGGUUUCCCUCUUUUUCUCCUACUCGGCGCCAUCCUGGCCACCGUCUGGAGAUACCACUUUGCUUUCGUUCUCGAAGGCCAGGCCUUCGAACCUCGGAUCGUCCUGGCGGCUGUGGACCUGGCCGUCACCCAGGCUCGAGCCCAGCUGGCGGAGAAAAAACGUCAGAACGAGAAACAACAACCACCACCCCCCGUCGGGCCGCCCCCUGCCGAAACCUUCUUGUACUCUAUCCAUCUUUUUUAG